AAGCCAAAUCGUUUUUCAUAUUCGUCUUUCCCAAUCAAAAAUAGGCGAUUCUUGUUCGAGCGAGCGAGUUGGAUCUGAUUCCGUUGUCUGAGAAUUGAAGCCUCUUGAUAGGAACUACUCGACUGGCUUUUCCAGCAAGGAUCUGGUUUGCACCUCCUUUGCUUCAAUCUCAGUCUAUCUUAUUCGGGCCUUUGGCUUAAAUGGAUUAGAGAUAGCGAAAAUCAGAAGCGAGAAGAGAAAGUUGAGUGUGGAGCUGCAAUGGAGGAGGCUGCUAUUGACUUUGUGCUGGUGCCACUUGGUCUCUUUUUGUUGACUGUCUACCACGCAUGGUUGGUCUUUAUUGUAAUUCGGCAUCCUAGGCGGACGGUCAUUGGCAUCAACGCCGAGUCCCGCCACCAAUGGGUGCUUUGCAUGAUGUCUGAUCCAGUGAAGAAUGGUGUUUUAGCUGUUCAAACAAUACGAAACAACAUAAUGGCAUCUACACUUUUAGCCACAACAGCAAUAACUCUCUGUUCGUUAAUUGGUGUUUUUGUGACCAGCUCAUCGGAUACGAGUAAUGCAAAACUUCAUUUAAUUUAUGGCAACAAGUCUGACCUUUGUACUUCAAUCAAGUACUUCUCAAUCUUGCUAUGCUUCCUUGUUGCUUUUCUAUGCAAUGUCCAGUCAAUAAGAUACUAUGCUCAUGUAAGUUUCUUGGCCACCGUUCCUACAUGGAGAGAUCAAGAAGACUCUAUUCAAUAUGUUGCCAGAAACUUGAAUCGAGGCAGUUUCUUCUGGUCCGUUGGCUUGCGAGCAUUCUACUUCUCAUUCCCUCUCUUCCUCUGGAUUUUUGGGCCAAUUCCUAUGUUUGCUUGUUGCUGCAUUUUGUUAUGUGUUCUCUAUUUCUUGGACACAACUACCAGUUUUACACGGAAGCUUCACACCCGCUCACUGAGGGACGACGGUGACAAUGCACGUCCCGAAUCAACUCGUCAAGGGUCAUGUUGAAAUCUCAUCAUACCCUUGAUCUAGGCAGUUCUAUGAAUGUAUUAACAUAUAGUCAUUAGAAAUAAUUGCUUAAGCUGAUAUCCUGAUGGUUGAAGAUACCAUAGUAGAUUAACUUGUCUAUAUAGCAAGUUUGGAAUGUAGUAUAUUUGAAUGUGUUUCUUCCUAAUGCUUCUAUUUGAACAUCUCUACGAAA